UACAGCUGCGCUACCAUACAAUCUUCCGGGAUUAUUUGUACACAUCAUUAUUGGAGGCGUCACCAAUUUGUCAUAGUCAUGUGAGACAAAUCACCAAAAAAUCUUUUUUUAAUGUUUGUGUUCCACAGCUCAUAUUCAAGAGGAUUUGUAGCGGGUGUACUGUAUUUAAGCUUCUAAUUAUGAUAUAUGCGGUUCACUUCUAUUGCGAAAUGUGGUCAUUUGACCCGAGAACAUGGACCAGAAUUUUCAGAUGAAUUGAAUUCAUCGCCGUACUGUUGUGCUUGAGCUGUGUACACUACACGCAUCCAGCUCAAGACCGGACCAAGGGAGCAGCGGACACAUCACCACAUCACCGGGCCCGAGGGCGAGGCCGAGUCAGCCCCGAAAGCUUAUUCAUUAAUCAGCUACCAGGCCAACGCCAGCGCCAGAAAAGACUGAAGUAAAAUGGGGAAUUGCCUGAAGUCAUGCUUUGGUAGUGUGAAAACAAAGAGGACAGAUUAUUUUUCAGGGAGAUUUAACAAUUCUUCAAUUGAUAUUGAGUUUGAAAACCUCAUUGAUGAUGAUGAGGUACAGCAAAAUCAUGCUGUUCUCACGGAUGACGAGAGGACCCUUCUUCAAAACAGACGCUACACUGACCUUGUACAAGAGCAGCAGAAAAUUGAUGCUAGACUUGACAAAGAGUUAGAGUUAGAGGAAGAGAAUGCCCGUUUAGAAGAAGAAGCUUACAAUGCAGCGAAACAGGAGUCCUCCCGGGCUACUAAGAGGGCAAGGUUACUGGAGAUGGAGAAGAAAAGGUUGAAAACACAGCAGAGCAAUGGAUCAACCAAGGCAUGGCUAGGAGACGACGCAGGGGACUGGGAAGUAGCAACCGAGGAUGAUUUUGAAGCGUUCUUAGACACAGUGAAAGCCAAGUCAGAAACUGUCAGAGCUAGUGUGGCUUCUAUGUUGAACACCAACACCACUCCUACCACCACUAAUCAAGCUGUUACCAAACAGCCAACUAGCCCCAAGACUAGCCCCAUGGUCCAAGCCUCUACCCCUACUUCCUAUCAAUCUGUAAACCCAACAUCUUCUGGUAGUGCAAAAACCAAUUUACAAAGCACAGUGGUGACAAGUUCUAGUCCUAGUUUGGCAAGCCCUAAGACAAGCGUCGCCCAGCACGACACGCCGUCUGUCCAGUUUAAUAGCCUAAAAACACAAGGAGGUAAAUUAGGAUCAUCGGAUGAUAAGAACCAGGGGCUGGUGGAUGGACCAGAGCAGGUUGCAAACAAACCUGAUGUGGUACAGGCUAGUCGAAGGGUUACCCAGGGAGUGGGGCAGAAUGAUGUGAAGGAGGAGGAGGAGGGAACAGAAGCCUCAGGAAAGAUGUCACAUUACAUCAAACCAGGAUCUAAGUCACCCAAUCACCAUGACGAUGAUGAUGACUCGGAUGUUGAGUGGGAAGCUGACUUUGUAUCCGCUGAUUCUCCCUCCGAGCCUAUCACCAUCACACCACAAUCAUCUCCAGCUAAGCUACCCACAUCACAAUCAAUAGGCUCAUCAAACUCAACCACCAUUCCAUCUCGACAUGAACCAACCAGAACAGGUCUUCCAUCAAGUUCAAGGACAAAUGGCUCUUCCUUAGCCAAUGGGCAGCUACCUUAUAAACAUGAAGCAGAAAAGGAGAUUGAGACCAGUGUGACAGAAGGGAAAACGCUAUCAAAUGGAGGAACCAAGGGAGUGAAAGCGAAGAAGACGUUAGACAUCGAUAUUGACAAGUUUCUAGAAGAACUAGAUUUUGAUACAUGAUUGGAAUGAAUCAGAUGAUUUUAUUCAUUGCAAUACAACGAAACAAUAGAUGGACAAAACAUAGAAGAGACACUUCUUACCA